AGUGGAGAAAAAAAAACUAGAACCCUAAAACAAUACAUUUGGUUGUUUCAUUAUAAGAGUUGAGUCACUAGCAACUUACCAUUAACCGUCAUUUGUUUUCUCCUCAGCGUAAAGCCAGUGCAGCUGCAGCACCCCGCACUGUUUCUUCGACCUUGUGACUAUGGUGAGGGUUAGUGUCUUGAAUGAUGCUCUCAAGAGCAUGUACAAUGCUGAGAAACGGGGGAAGCGCCAGGUCAUGAUUAGGCCAUCCUCGAAAGUGAUUAUAAAAUUCCUUUUGGUGAUGCAGAAGCAUGGAUACAUAGGGGAGUUCGAAUAUGUUGAUGAUCACAGGGCUGGCAAAAUUGUGGUAGAAUUGAAUGGCAGAUUGAACAAGUGUGGUGUUAUUAGUCCCCGCUUUGAUGUUGGUGUCAAAGAGAUAGAAGGUUGGACUGCAAGGCUACUUCCCUCAAGACAGUUUGGGUACAUUGUCUUGACUACCUCUGCUGGUAUCAUGGAUCAUGAAGAAGCCAGGAGAAAGAAUGUCGGGGGCAAAGUGUUGGGUUUCUUCUACUAGACGAGGUUUUUUUUUUUUUUGGUAAGGAUCGUACUUGAUUUCAGAUUAUGAGACUUGUCGGUUGUUAUGAAAGAUGUGCUAGUUUACUGGCAAUAUCAAUGACAUGAAACAGGAGAUGUGCAUGUUCAUUACGUGGUUACCAAAAUCAUGCUUACAUAGACCAUAAGUUUUAAAAGCGACUGAAAACUUGUUUUUAAGCGCUUAAAAAAGUGCAGUUUUAUGCUUUAAUUUUUAUGUUUAAUUAAAUUGAAAUUUCAAAUUUGUGUAA